UGAUACACUUGGUGGUGCAACAGGAAAAUGCAGCCUGAAAACAGAGGCGGUUUGUCCGCGUUAUGUGACAGUAAAUAGCUCGGGGACUCGCACACUAGCUGGCUCUUUCUUUGUUGUAUUUUGUGAUGGAUAAUGAGGCUGAUGUCUUCUAUCGGCAGCUGCCAAAAGUGGAGCUUCACGCGCACCUCAACGGGUCUGUCAGCUCCGAGACCAUCAAGAAACUCAUCGACCGAAAACCUCAUCUCGACAUUGACCACGGCAUGACUGCUAUCGGCAAAGGCCAGCGGAGGACACUGGAUGACUGUUUUCAGGUCUUCAAGGUCAUCCAUCAGCUGGUGGACACAGAGGAGGACAUCCUGAUGGUGGCCACAGAUGUAAUCAGGGAGUUUGCAGCUGAUUCUGUCAAAUAUUUAGAGCUCAGAAGUACACCAAGGGAGCAGAAAAGAACGGGAUUGACAAAAAGGAGAUACAUUGAAACUAUCAUCAGAGCCAUCCAGCUGUGUAAAAAUGAAGGAUUGGACAUUGACGUCAGGUUUCUGGUGGCGAUUGACCGCAGGAAUGGGGCAAAAGUUGCCAUGGAGACAGUGGAACUGGCUGAGGAGUUCCUGCUGUCCUCUGAUGGUCUGGUGGUGGGACUCGACCUGAGUGGAGAUCCAAUGGUAGGCCAUGGAAAAUAUCUACUUCCAGCUCUAGAGAGGGCCAAGAACUGUGGGCUGAAGUUGUCACUGCACCUCUUGGAAGUACCGUCCCAGCUGGAGGAGUCAGACUUGCUGUUGAAUCUUCCUCCGGACAGGAUCGGUCACGGCACCUUCUUGCAUCCUGAAGUGGGUGGAUCUCAAACUCUGGUUGACAAAGUGCUCAAGAACAACAUACCAUUGGAACUAUGCCUGACAUCAAAUAUUAAAGCACAAACUGUGUCAUGUUACUCCAAACAUCACUUCAAGUACUGGUACGAGCUGGGACAUCCAAGCGUGAUUUGUACUGAUGAUAAAGGGGUGUUCUGUACAGACUUGUCUCGGGAGUAUCAGCUGGCAGCUUCCACGUUUGGUCUCAGUCGUGAAGCCGUCUGGAAGCUCUCCCAGCAGGCCAUAGAUUGUAUCUUCGCACCGCAGACCGUGAAACAGCAGCUCAAACAGAAGUGGACUGAUUUACAGCCUCAGGUGUUCCAGUGACCCGUUCUGUGGAGCCUAA